UUGGAACUGACUUAAAUGUAUGUGUUCUUUGUCCUAGGAGAAAACAAGAUUUUUGACAUGACAGCCAAAGGUUGUGCUAUGUCUGAAGAGUGUGUUGAUGGCUCCAUUAACUUUGGAAUUGUCAGAACUGUACACAUGACCUCAUGCUGCACAACACCCCUCUGCAACAACAGAUUUCAAGACUAUAAAUCCAUUCCAAAUGGCAAAAAGUGCUUCAGCUGCAAGGGAGAGGAUUGCACCCGGACUGUUAAUUGCGAAGGGGAGGAAAACCACUGCAUCAAAAUGACAGCAAAUGCAGCAGGAGUUAGAGUGGAACUGAAGGGAUGCGCCUCCAAGCUGAUGUGCACAGAUCAAGUGACUUCACUGCUAACAAUGUACAGUGGUCUACAGUAUAGUUGCUGCCAGGGAGACUACUGCAACAGUGCCAGCAGUGCAAGUCCUGCCCUGCUGCUCUUGUUGGUGCCACUGUUUUUUUCUGCACUAUUUUGUUAGCUGAUAAAAGCAGUUUAGGUGGUGCCAAGUUUACUUUUUAAGCCAGAGCCAUCAUUCAUUUGACAAAUGUACUCUUUUCCUCUUAGCGGAUUUGUUACUAAUGUAAAGCGUUGGUUAGUAAUGACCAAGCAACAUUCUGCAAAAUUCUCAUCAUUGCAUUGCUGUUUGAAAAUAAAGAAUGUUGAAUAAAAGCAAGUAUAAAGUAA